AUGCCUUCGAAUCACCCAAAAUCAUCUGUUUUACUUCAGAGAAUCAACACCACCACAGCUCCCACCGCCACUCCUACAUGUCAUAAACAUGUUCAGCAGAGUCCCACCGCCGCCUUGCCGUGGCGGACGCCAUUUCCUUGCAGCACCCAAGUCCCAGACCACGUCGCUUGCUACCACACAUACGCCGUGGGCCAAAACCAGUGCUGCUCCGCCGUGAUCCAGCAAAUAAAUGCUCCAGUCGACACCGUAUGGUCCAUCGUCCGCCGCUUCGACAACCCACAGACAUACAAGCACUUUGUUAAGAGUUGCAACGUAAUCGUCGGAAACGGUGACGUAGGCACCAUCCGGGAGAUCCACGUCAUAUCCGGCCUCCCCGCCGUGAACAGCACCGAGCGCCUUGAGUUCCUCAACGACGAACACCAUGUCAUCAGCUUCAGCGUAGUUGGUGGCGACCACCGCCUGGCUAACUAUCGCUCUGUUACCACCCUACACCCAGCAGCGGAUGGCGGCGACGAGACAAUUGUCGUGGAAUCCUACCUUGUUGACAUACCUCAAGGUAACAGUAAAGAAGAAACGAGCGUUUUCGUGGACACCAUUGUUAAAUGUAACCUUCAGUCACUUGCACAGAUCGCAGAGAAUUUAGCCCGACAAAAUGUUUCUGUAAAGAAAAAUGUCCAAUCAGUUUAA